UUAACUUGCAAUUAAGAAACGCUUCAGGCUAGCUAUUUCUGUGUAGCUGAAGGUGAAACUACCGUGGCUUGCUCUAUAGCAUAAAAUAUUUUUCAUAAAGUUUUGGCAACAGUCAUUUUGACAUGACAACACAACACACCUAGCCAAGUGUAUCAAAACAAUAACAAUGGCGUAUUGGUUUCAUCGAAAUCCUUUAAAAGCUACGAAUAAAGUUAAUUUUGAGUUGAAAUUGAUUGUCACCGACUCUCAAGCUGUUCAACUAUGUAGCGAACUGCGACAAAGUCGAAACAGAUUGCUGGAUCUUUUAACAGAUCCAAACAAUACAACAACUAAUCUCGAUGAGGCAUUUAACAAAUAUUUAUCUCUUUUACGUGGAAUGAUCAUAGCUCCCGAUGAAAAAGGUGGCGAAAGCAGAUUACGAUAUACUACUCGAUUUCGCUGGACUCAAACUUUGUUGGGUAACACUCCUGCUUCUCAGCAAGAUGCUGUUUUUGAGUUGAUAAGCAUAUGUCAAGACAUGGCGAUUUGGCUAAUGAAGCAUGCAGCAAUGAUGGCUGGUAAGGAUGAAAUAGACAUGGAGGAAGCCAAAGAAGUCCAUAAGUGUCUUAGAAAAGCAGCUGGUCUUUUCACGGCCAUGCAAGAUAAGUAUAUAGGCAGCUUAUUGCAAAAGACUGAGCCAGGCUCAGAUUUAGAUUCGUCUGUUGUAAACGCAUAUAUAGGUCAAUGCACAGCUGAAGCACAAGAAAUUACCAUAGCCCGAGCCAUUGAGCUAAACCAUGCACCAAGUCUGAUAUCAGCUCUUGCUAAUGAAACUUCCCGGAUGUAUUCGACUGCCGUCGCACAUUUGAGUAAAGUGAAAUCAUCAAAGGCAGAAAAAUGGCGCAAAUAUUUUGAAUUAAAAAGUGUGUUUUAUCUUGCUUAUGCGUAUUGUUACUCAGGGGAAAAUCUUUUGGCCCAGGAGAAGUGUGGCGACGCAGUUCGGGCCCUCCAGGAAAGCGAGAAGUGUUACGAAUCGGCGAGCAAACUUUGCAAAGAGUAUAUCAACAUCAAAGGUCCCGGUAUAAGCGCUAAGCUGGAUACCCAUCUCUUCUUUCGUAAGUUGGGUCCCCUGAUCAAGCGAACUCUCGAGAAGUGCGAAAGAGAGAAUGGUUUCAUAUUUCACCAAAAGGUUCCUGCUGAACCCGUUGCUUUGGAGAUAAAAGCUACUUACGGGUUGGUCAGCCCUGAAGAAUUUGAACUUCCUAAUGUCAAUGUCAUUUGGACUCCUGUGGCAUAUGCCGCAUUCGAUUCACCAAAAAUGCCGAGUGAUCCUUCAAGUUCAAAGGCUGCUCUUAAAGCUGAAGGUGACAUACCUUCCGUGAAAGAAGUUGGCAUGCAUCAGACUUCAAAAGAUCCAAAAAACACGAGUGGCUGCACAAUUCAGUGAUUACUCUUUCCUGAGAGUAAAGUUUAUUUUCGCAAUAAAUUUGAAGCUAGAUAUGUGAUUCUAUAUCUUUUAUGUUUGGUCAUAAAAAAAUUGUCUUUAAUUUUACA